AUAAAACCAUAGUGUUUUAACCCAGUUGAUUAACAGCAUGCCCCCGAUUCGCAAAAGGCAAAGGCAUUUUCUGCAGUUCAAAAGUUAAGGCUUGUAUCUAGCGAACUUGGCUGGAGUGGAGUGGAAGAGACUGGGUCGGUUUUACAACCCGCCCCAGAGGACAGGCGGUUUCAAAGGAGGGGCCAGAGCUUGCAGACUGGUAGGAAUGCAGAACAGCUAUUCAGCAUGUGGUGCGAAGGAAACUCUUAUCAUCCUGUUCAAAGACUGGAGCUGAGGCCACAUAAUGCAAAGGCAGCUCAAGCAUCUCAUCCGACGUGAGUUCAAGUACAGAUCACACGCCGACCAAAGCCCAGAAGAAUGUGGCUACCAGUGAAGACUCCGACCUGAGCAUGCGCACACUGAGCACGCCCAGCCCAGCCUUGAUAUGUCCACCGACUUUACCAGGAUUUCAGAAUGGAAGGGGCUCAUCCACCUCCUCGUCCUCUGUCACCGGAGAAACGGUGGCCAUGGUCCACUCCCCGCCCCCGACCCGCCUCACACACCCGCUCAUCAGGCUCGCCUCCAGACCCCAGAAAGAGCAGGCCAGCAUAGACCGGCUCCCGGACCACUGCAUGGUGCACAUCUUCUCCUUCCUGCCCACCAACCAGCUGUGUCGCUGUGCACGCGUGUGUCGCCGCUGGUACAACCUGGCGUGGGACCCGCGGCUCUGGAGGACUAUCCGCCUGAUGGGCGAGACCAUCAACGUGGACCGUGCGCUCAAGGUGCUGACCCGCAGGCUGUGCCAGGACACCCCCAACGUGUGUCUCAUGCUGGAAACAGUAAUUGUCAGUGGCUGCCGGCGGCUCACAGACCGAGGGCUUUACACCAUUGCCCAGUGCUGCCCCGAACUGAGGCGACUGGAAGUCUCAGGCUGUUACAAUAUCUCCAAUGAGGCCGUUUUUGACGUGGUGUCCCUCUGCCCCAAUCUGGAGCACCUGGACGUGUCAGGGUGCUCCAAAGUGACCUGCAUCAGCUUGACUCGGGAGGCCUCCAUUAAAUUGUCCCCCUUGCAUGGCAAACAGAUUUCCAUCCGCUACCUGGACAUGACGGACUGCUUUGUGCUGGAGGACGAGGGCCUGCACACCAUCGCAGCGCACUGCACGCAGCUGACCCACCUGUACCUGCGACGCUGCGUCCGCCUCACCGACGAGGGCCUCCGCUACCUGGUGAUCUACUGCACGUCCAUCAAGGAGCUGAGUGUCAGCGACUGCCGCUUCGUCAGUGACUUCGGCCUGCGGGAGAUCGCCAAGCUGGAGUCCCGCCUGCGGUACCUCAGCAUCGCCCACUGUGGCCGGGUGACCGACGUGGGCAUCCGUUACGUGGCCAAGUACUGCAGCAAGUUGCGCUACCUCAACGCGAGGGGCUGCGAGGGCAUCACGGACCAUGGCGUGGAGUACCUUGCCAAGAACUGCACGAAACUCAAAUCUCUGGACAUCGGCAAAUGCCCACUGGUCUCCGACACGGGCCUGGAGUGCCUGGCCCUGAACUGCUUCAAUCUCAAGCGCCUCAGCCUCAAGUCCUGCGAGAGCAUCACCGGCCAGGGCCUGCAGAUCGUGGCCGCCAAUUGCUUUGACCUCCAGAUGCUGAAUGUCCAAGACUGCGAGGUUUCUGUGGAGGCCCUGCGGUUUGUCAAACGCCACUGCAAGCGCUGCGUCAUCGAGCACACCAACCCCGCCUUCUUCUGAAGGGACAGCUUUCAUGGGGCGUGGUCUCCAUAC